ACUGAUAGAAAGAUAACGCUGGAGGCAAGCUGCCUUUGAGCAACUCUCUGAAGAUCAACUGCCUCCCAUCCCAUUCCUUGCCCCAAAGCUGUUUCCUCCAGCCGUGCUAAGGAGUGAUGCCCAAAGCGCAUCACUUUGCAAGAAUUGGAUCAUGAACAACUUUAUCCUCCUUGAAGAACAGCUUAUCAAGAAAUCCCAACAAAAGAGAAGAACGUCUCCCUCGAACUUUAAAGUCCGCUUCUUUGUUCUAACCAAAGCCAGCCUGGCAUACUUUGAGGACCGUCCUGGGAAAAAGCGCACCCUGAAGGGCUCCAUCGAACUCUCCCGAAUCAAAUGUGUCGAGAUUGUGAAAAGUGACAUUAGCAUCCCGUGCCACUAUAAAUACCCCUUUCAGGUUGUGCAUGACAACUACCUCCUAUAUGUGUUUGCUCCAGACCGCGAGAGCCGGCAGCGCUGGGUGCUGGCCCUUAAAGAAGAAACGAGGAAUAAUAACAGUUUGGUGUCCAAGUACCAUCCUAAUUUCUGGAUGGAUGGGAGGUGGAGGUGCUGUUCUCAGCUGGAGAAGCUUGCAACGGGCUGUGCCCAGUAUGAUCCAACCAAGAAUGCUUCAAAGAAGCCUCUUCCUCCUACACCUGAAGACAACAGGCGGUCACUUCCAGAACCUGAAGAAACCGUGGUCAUCGCCCUGUACGACUACCAGACCAACGAUCCCCAGGAGCUCGCGUUGCGAUGCAAUGAAGAGUACUGCCUGCUGGACAGUUCUGAGAUCCACUGGUGGAGAGUUCAGGACAGGAACGGGCAUGAAGGAUAUGUACCAAGCAGUUAUCUGGUGGAAAAAUCUCCAAAUAACCUGAAAACCUACGAGUGGUACAAUGAGAGUAUCAGCCGAGACAAAGCUGAAAAACUUCUUUUGGACACAGGCAAAGAAGGAGCCUUCAUGGUACGAGAUUCCAGGACUCCAGGGACAUACACCGUGUCUGUUUUCACCAAGGCUAUCGUAAGCGAGAACAACCCCUGUAUCAAGCAUUAUCACAUCAAAGAAACAAAUGACAAUCCUAAGCGAUACUAUGUGGCUGAAAAAUAUGUGUUUGAUUCUAUCCCUCUUCUCAUCAAUUAUCACCAACAUAAUGGAGGAGGCCUGGUCACUCGGCUCCGGUAUCCAGUUUGUUCCUGGAGGCAGACAGCCCCCAUCAAGGCAGGGCUGAGAUACGGGAAAUGGGUGAUCGAUCCCUCGGAGCUCACUUUUGUGCAGGAGAUUGGCAGUGGGCAGUUUGGGCUGGUGCAUCUUGGCUACUGGCUCAACAAGGACAAGGUGGCCAUCAAAACCAUUCAGGAAGGGGCUAUGUCAGAAGAGGACUUCAUAGAGGAGGCUGAAGUCAUGAUGAAACUCUCUCACCCCAAACUGGUCCAGCUGUAUGGGGUGUGCCUGGAGCAAGCCCCCAUCUGCCUGGUGUUUGAGUUCAUGGAGCACGGCUGCCUGUCGGAUUACCUGCGCAGCCAGCGGGGACUCUUUGCCGCGGAGACCCUGCUGGGCAUGUGUCUGGACGUGUGUGAGGGCAUGGCCUACCUGGAAGAGGCGUGUGUCAUCCACAGAGACUUGGCUGCCCGAAAUUGUUUGGUGGGAGAAAACCAAGUCAUCAAGGUGUCGGACUUCGGGAUGACAAGGUUUGUUCUUGAUGAUCAAUACACCAGUUCCACAGGCACCAAAUUCCCAGUGAAGUGGGCAUCCCCAGAAGUUUUCUCUUUCAGCCGCUACAGCAGCAAGUCGGACGUGUGGUCAUUUGGCGUGCUGAUGUGGGAGGUCUUCAGCGAAGGCAAAAUCCCAUAUGAAAACCGAAGCAACUCAGAGGUGGUGGAAGACAUCAGUACCGGAUUUCGGUUAUACAAGCCCCGACUGGCCUCCUCGCAUAUCUACCAGAUCAUGAAUCAUUGCUGGAAAGAGAGACCGGAAGACCGGCCAGCCUUCUCCAGACUGUUGGGUCAACUGGCUGAAAUCGCAGAAUCAGGACUUUAGUAGAGACUCGGGGCCAGGCCACAGGCUGCAGAACCUGAACGAAGGAAGGACGUCCUCCUUCCCACAGAGCAUUAGAAGCUGCCACCAGCCCAGGACUCUCCAGUGGCAGUGUGGCCUGUGGCGCCUGUCCCCAAGCUGCCACGGAGGCAGCACCUUGACUGCAGCUGGCAGCCAGGCCACAGGCAGCAGCGUCAGCCACAGAGCUGGGAGCCCAGCCAGGACAGAGGCGACGUCUCUGCCCUUCCUCCAGCCUCUUGUCAUCUACGGUGCACAAACCUCAAUCUGACAGCUUUCAGGCAACAUUUCUUGCACUUCUUAGCAAUAGGGAGAGACAGGGGUAGGAUCCCGGAUAUUAUUUUUAUUAUUAUUUUAAACAUGGAUCUGAAUUUUAUGGUUCAAACCAACAGCACAGUAUCCCUGGAUAUCAAAUUUAUUUGAACCAACAACACAGUAUCCCAGGAUAUGGGGACAAGGGGAACAGGGACUAUGACUCUUUUUCUAGAAAAAGCAGUGAGUUAACUAAGGUCAGAAAGAUGCUGUCAGCCACAGCUUCCUGCCACAGAGGGUAGCAGAGCAGCUGCUCGCACAGGAAGCCGGGUUUUCUGAGAAGCCACUUUAUGAGGUUUUAUAGAGUACAGUGGGACCCCUCUCCUUCAAAGGAGCAUGGUGAGCGCCACUGGAUGGAUCGGGGUGAGCCGUUCAGCUCCCAUGGUUGGAGUGUUGGUAUCUGAUGUCUGGACAGGAACAAGGGGGCAUCUGAUGGGGGGAAACCAAGUGGUACCGAAAAAGGCCUUAGGUUUUACCACUCCAAUGCUCAUCUUCUGUACCACGCCAUGCAGGGGACUGUGCCUCCUCUUCCGCACAGAAUGCUUCCGCCGGCAGCCCAGGAGGAAAUGGUGCUUCGGAGUACUGACUCUGGCAGAUGACUGUUCAUCCUUUGCUCCAGCCUCUGGGAAUCAGCCCCCUCUCCGCACUAUCCCACCCUCAUCAAUAGAGGGCAGCAUUGUGUCGGUCAGUGUGGCAUUGCAGAGACAUCAAAGCUUGUUUAGGCCCCUAGGGUUUAGCAAUUUAAAGGUUGAGACUUCAAGACUCCCGUUUUUGCUCCAACCAUCUGGGUGGAAACAGUUAGAUGCUGACUGAGGUGCUUCCAAGAUGCACAAGGAUGCCCACUGUCGACUGAGCAUUUAUGUAUGCAAAGUAAAUAUGGUCAUUAGGUACCGAGCUGGGUUUUUCACUGAGUUCACACCCCAUGAGAUAGUAUUAUUAUUCCCAUUUUACAGGUGAUAGAACUGAGGCUUUAAAAAGCCAAGACACCUGCCCAAAGUGACAGAAACUAGGAAGUCUAGAGCCAGGAUUCUAGCCCCAAUCUGACUCCAAUGCAUAGAUUCUUUAUUCCUAUUUGACACUGCCUCCUACUGAGAAUGAAAGGGAUUGCAGAGGAGAUGAAUACAGCGGAGGGCAAGGACAUAAGAAACCAAUGAAGUCAAAAUGGAACCACCGGCAAGUAAUGUUGCUUUUGCACAUGCCAUUGGCAUUGGGUGUAUGGCCCUUUAACUUGGAAUAGGAUCUUCUUUUUCCUCUUCUGUAUCCUCACCUUGGUCAUAGUUAAUGACUUUGGAGUCACUCAGUUAAUUAACCCUUUAAUUCUCCCAACCCACUAAAGUCUUGCAUGAAGCCAUUUAUAGAUGAGCUUCAAAGCAGCUUUAAAAGAUCUCCUGAAAAAGUAUGAAUGCUUCCUUUAAUUAUCAUUCCAACUUUGAGCAGUAGUCUCCUUGGAUAUUUUGUGGGGAGGGAUAUUCCCUUAUGUAAGAGAGAUUUAAUUUUCUUACAGUGCUCAGAUAAAGCUUUUAGAGAAAUUAUUGGAUGGAGUUGCAAUUAGCUCUUUCUAUAUCAUAUAAUAUUUUGACUGGCUUGAGAUUCAGAUGCAUAACUUUUAACUAUAAUUAUUGUAAAAUGGGGAGCCUCAAGAUAAAACUCUGUCAUUCAGAAGAUGAUCUACUCAACUUAUCCAAAAUUAUCCUUGUUUACUUUUUAGCAUUUUGUACAUUCUCUUUUGGAACCCUUAAUUAGAGAUGAUUUCUGGAACAUUCAGCCUAGAAGAAAAACAUUGGAAUUGACUGAUCUCUGUGGUCUGGUUUAGAAAAUUCCCCACUACAUAGUAUUAUCUUUUUUAAGCUCAGAUUCAUUGGGGCCUUAACUAAACAUGUAUAGAUAUUUCACCUCCUGGUGUCCUAUCCCACAAAAUGGGCUUCCUGCCUGGCUUUUUCCCUCUCACAUUUUGUAAAUGGUGCCCUGUGUUCACAGAGAAUUCCCUUAUACAAGGCUUUGGUUCUACUUGCAUAUUGUAGAUUUUGCAUUUUGUACCUUUUGUAUUUAUAUUUGGAUCAGAUGAAUAUUUAUUAAUGUACAGUCACUGCUAGUGUUCAAACUAAAAAUAUUACAAAUAUCUCUUAUCCUUUGUCGAGCACACAAAGUUAAAAUCUGUACAUAGCAAAUAAAGCUGGGCUUUAAUAAA